AUGGGAUUCGAGCAUAUGAAUGAGAACUUGCCGAGAGAGCAGCCUAAAGCCUUAACGCGAAGAGCAUGGCAAAAACGCACAGGAGUGAUCGUGGACGUCCGCGUCGAGGACCUUCUUGUUUUUGUCAUGGUCAAACGUGCUCGAUUUAGACACUACACCAUAAUCGCCCAAUACCUAACCGGAGUGUUCUUAAGCAGUCUGCUGGCUCCGAGGUGA